GGGGCUGACAGACCACUGUUCCAUUCACAUCGCACCUCAUUGACGUCUGCAGCUCGACUGGUUACUCCUUCCUCGCACCUAGAUCCCCUUGCAACUAGACCCAUCUACACACCAUGGUCACCGCUGUCUCUUCCUCCACAUACAACUCCCCCGCCUCAUCGCCCGUGAAGAGGCGGGGCUCCGUCGCUGGCAUCUAUACUGUGCCUCUUACUGGCGCUCAUGGAUUGAACUCGCCACUCUCGCCUCUAGCAUCACGGAGGCAAUUCCUCCCCGGACCCUCCUCUUCAUCCAACGGUCUCCUCAGCAAUUGGUACACGCAGAACGCCAAGGAGGUCGAGCUAUACAAGGACGGAAAGGCGGUCAUCGUCGAUGGGCAGACACUCUCGAUCGCAGCCGUCGCCGCGACGGCGCGUCAUGGCGCGUCUGUUCAACUUUCCAACUCGCACCAUGUCCGCCGUCGCGUAGAAAAGAGCCUGCAGGCCAUCUCGGACAAGGUGGAUAACGGGAUAUCGGUCUAUGGGGUGACGACCGGUUUCGGCGGCAGCGCGGACACGCGGACAGACUCUCCGGGCGUGCUCGGGCAUGCAUUGCUGCAGAUGCAGCACAUCGGCGUGCUGCCGACGCAGCUCACGCGCGCUCCGCGCAGCCUGCCACUGAACGCAGACCCGCUCGCGGCGCACAGCAUGCCCGAGGCGUGGGUGCGCGGCGCGAUGCUCAUCCGCAUGAACUCGCUCAUUCGCGGGCACUCGGGUGUGCGCUUCGAGCUCAUCGAGAAGAUGGGCGAGGUGCUGAACGCGGGUAUCACGCCCGUCGUACCGCUGCGCGGCUCGAUCUCGGCGUCGGGGGACCUUAGCCCGCUGUCGUACAUUGCGGGGACGGUUAUUGGGAAUCCCACGAUCUACUGCUUCGACGGGGUGUCGACUGCGCGCGGUCGCGAUGUUAAGCCAGCCGACGAGGCCCUGAGAGCGCAUGGCAUCGAGCCUCUCCCGUCACUGUCGUCGAAGGAGCCCCUGGGCAUUCUGAAUGGCACGGCCUUCUCUGCUUCCGUUGGUGCACUCGCCGCCAACGAAGCGACCCAACUUGCCCUCCUUACACACGUCUGCACCGCGAUGGGCGUGGAGGCCAUGAACGGCACCCGCGGCUCCUUCGACCCAUUCAUCCACGAUGUCGCGAGGCCGCAUCCGGGGCAGAUCGAGUCGGCGAGGCUGAUUUGGGAGCUCUUGGAGGGCAGCCAGUUGGCGCAAGGGGAGGGGAAGGAGGUCACGAUUGAGGAGGAUACGGGAAAGCUGCGCCAGGACAGGUAUUCGCUGCGUACUGCUCCGCAGUUCCUGGGUCCGCAAAUUGAGGAUCUGCUCCACUCGUUGCAGACGCUGCUGACGGAGGUCAACUCGACCACGGACAAUCCCCUGAUCGACGGUGAGAGUGGCCGUGUGCACAAUGGUGGUAACUUUCAGGCUAUGGCCGUCACGAAUGCGAUGGAGAAGACGCGCCUGUCUCUGCACCACCUCGGCAAGCUCAUCUUCGCUCAAAGCGCGGAGCUCGUGACACCGUCCAUGAACCACGGCCUGCCGCCGUCUCUCGCAGCGACGGAUCCAUCCUUGGACUACCACGGCAAAGGCAUCGAUAUCGCUACAGCAGCAUACGUCGCGGAGUUGGGAUACCUGGCAAACCCUGUCAGCACUCACAUUCAGAGCGCAGAGAUGCACAACCAGUCGGUCAACAGCUUGGCUCUGAUAUCAGCCCGCCAAACGAUUACCUCCCUGGACGUGUUGACAAUACUGAUCUCGUCGUACCUAUACAUGCUCUGCCAGGCCCUGGACCUCCGUGCUAUGCAAUCUGAGUUCUGCCGCGGCUUUGACAACAUCAUCGUCGAGGAAUUUUCCACCAUCUUCGCCUCCUCCCUCGACGAGUCCGAGCAGGACACACUCCUUAAGCGCAUCACCGACGAGCUCCAUGACGCCUUCGAGAACACGAGCACCAUGGAUACGCCGGAGCGGAUGAAGAAGGUCGCCGCAGCCAGCACCACCGCCUUCGUCGACUUCUUCACCGCGCACCCUCGGGAGGACGAGGCUUGUGAUGCCAGGUGUUAUGCGUCCAUCGCCGUCUUCCGCUCGCGUGUAGCCAGCCGUGCCGGCGCACACCUCAAUGACUUGCGGAGGGCAUACCUUUCGGGCGAGCGCGGGCCUGCGCCGGCGACUGCGUAUCUCGGGAAGACGAAGCCAUUCUACGAGUUCGUUCGCGUCGACCUCGGCGUGUGCAUGCACGGCGCGGAGAAUCUGGACCGCUUCUCUAAUGGUAUGGGUGUCGACGAUGUGACUAUUGGGCAGAAGAUUUCUGUCAUCAACGAGGCUAUCCGGGAUGGUCAGAUGCAGUCGACCAUCGUGUCUGCCUUGUCGUCGCUGCCUAGCUUUGCAUGAUUUUUCCACGUAUUUUUCACCCUGAUUUAUCUGUAGCACCAUCUUGUACUCGGCUAUCAACCGCAUAAAUCCUCCUGUAUAUUUAUCGCUAAUGUAUGUACCUGUUAAUCAUAGAGCUUUAUAGAGCUUACUUCGUCGAUCU